AUGUGUACAUCUGGCAGUGACAGAGCGAGGUUCACUGAGUUGGGUGAACCUGCAGAAAAAGAGAGUCAGGGGGUUGUAAAUCUGGCAGUGACAUGGCAGAGAGACUUCCUCCAUAAAGCCACCCAGGCUGUCGCAGCAGGAUCUGCGGAGAAGAAUGGGAGAAACUCUCCAAAUACAGUGCUGUUCAGUACACUGGUAUACUCCGGCCUCGGUCAUGAUGGAGUAUCUCUGAGCGUCCGUCCCAACAGAUCUCAGUUCUUUGAAUAUGAGUCUUUAAUUGUGAGCUGUGAGGUUCAGGGGAGCUCUGCUGGAUGGACACUGAAGAGAUACACAUCGACUGGGAAGCUUUCAGCUUGUGGAACCGACUGGGGAAAACAACAAGGUUUUUCAUGCAUCGUGUCACUAAUACCAUCAGACAGUGGGGUGUACUGGUGUGAGUCUGGGUCUGGAGAACACAGCACUGCUGUCAACAUCACAGUACACGAUGGAGCUGUGAUCCUGGAGAGCCCUGCCCUUCCUGUGACUGAGGGACAUUCUGUGACUCUGCGCUGCCGAUACAGAAAGGACAAGGAAAUGAAUGUAACACACUCAAACCUCACAGCCGAUUUCUACAAAGAUGGAUCCCUCGUCAGGACUGAGACUACGGGAGAGAUGACCAUCCCUGCAGUAUCCAAGUCAGAUGAAGGACUCUACAAGUGUUCCAACUCUGAAGGAGAAUCACCGGAGAGGCUGAUGACUCUGACAGUUCUCUCUCAUCCAGACUCUCUGAGUGUCCGUCCCAACAGAUCUCAGUUCUUUGAAUAUGAGUCUUUAAUUGUGAGCUGUGAGGUUCAGGGGAGCUCUGCUGGAUGGACACCGAAGAGAUACACAUCGACUGGGAAGCUUUCAGCUUGUGGAACCGACUGGGGAAAACAACAAGCUGGAGCUGUGAUCCUGGAAAGCCCUGCCCUUCCUGUGACUGUGGGAGAUUCUGUGACUCUGCGCUGCAGAUAUAAGGGAACUCCCUCUGACCUCACAGCCGAUUUCUACAAAGAUGGAUCCCUCGUCAGGACUGAGACUACGGGAGAGAUGACCAUUCCUGCAGUAUACCUACG